AUGGGGGGAAAAACGAACUUGUGCGAGCUGUACCGCACGUACUGCGCGGAGGAGGGUUGCCGCGUGAACUCGGCAGUCCUGCAGUACAUUGAGAGCCGUGGGGCGAUGUGCCCGCUGGAGAAGCUCGAGUUGGGCAGCAAUUAUCUCGGGGCUCGCGGACUGCGCCCCAUCAUACGGCUUGUGGAGUACUCCCAGACCCUCACUUCCCUCGUUCUUGACGGCAACGGGGCGGACAAUGAGACGGUUGACCGGCUCUGCGAGGUUCUUGAGAAGCACCUGAGCAUAGAGUACCUGAGUCUGCGCAAGAACCCCAUCACAGUGACGGGAGGGAAACGUCUGCUGGCGCUUGUGAAGCAAAAUCCGCGCAUCGUCGGCGUUGACCUUCAAGACACCGAUGUCUUUGAUGCACUCAUCUACAAGAUUACAAAAGUCACGGAGUCCAACCAUGGACGAGGAAUGCGAGAGAGACCGCAGCUGACCGCGACAGAGCUGGACGGAACGCAAAUGUCCCGUGGACAUAUCGGGACUGCAGCGACGCGGCCCUCGGCGGAGAGGCCAACCCUAAGCACAUUGCCCGCCAUCUCACGGGAUGCGACUGGGAAGGAGGCGCUCUCAAAAGUCAUCGGGCCGCUGCCGCACCGGUCAAGCGUCGCACCGGUGAUCACGAAGAUAAGAACGCGGCCGCUGGAGCCUGCGCUCGCCUCGAAGGAGUGCGGACGAUUGCCGGAUUUGCAGCGGCAGGAAUUACAGCGACGCUACAAGGAGAAGGCGAUCCUGUCUCGCGAGAUCAACAGCAGCCAGGCGAGUAGGGCGGCGGACCGUGCGCGGGAGGAGUUGAUGUUGUUGGAAAAAACCGCGAAGAGCUCUUCGUCCCGCAAGAAGUGUGGAGCGAAGACGACUACGGCGGUCUCCCUGCCGGAAAACACGAAGAACCGGAAAUCACCUCUAUCCCAUCACGCACAGACCACCGAUUUUACCGAAAUGGCGAGUCCAAAGAUCAAUGUGGAUGCGUCUUUAUUGCCACAACAGCAGAAGGAUAAGGAUAGCGGCAUGCAGGGUCCAGAGGAAUUGGAUGCCGCAGCGAGCAUUUCCAACUCUACAGGUGAGAUAAUUGUGAAAAGGAAAAGUGGCGAUAACAACGAGCCCGGUGCAGACGCAACCCCUCAUCCGGACGCUGAUGCACGUGUUGUGGCACCAGCCGAGCAAACGGAUGCUGAGGAUGCGGUCGCGAAAAAAAAAACAGAAUCAGAAUUGGUUGCGACAAACAAUUCGGACGACCUUCCACUGGAUAUUUUGCGGGACACGCCUCAGUGGAUGAUGCUUGACAGCAACGAGCAGUUUCAGCGUCUCUUCGACAGUGGCUGCCGCGCCUAUGUGAGACAUGACUUUGAUGAGGCGUAUACGACGUGGAAUGAGGCGAUGAACAUUGCGGCAAGUAAAAAGAAUCGGGAGUGGAUGGCAGUUCUUUCAAGCAACCUGAAGCGUCUGAGUUACGAGAUUUUGGUGCGCGAGGGGGUGGAAGAGCUCGAGCAGGACCAUCUUGAGGAGGCAGAUCUUAUUUUUCAGCGUGCCCAGGAGGUGGCGCAGGAGGCACGCAACGCCAAGUGGGAAGCCGAUAUGUACAAGGCACGGAAAGAUGUGCAGCACGCUGUCUUUCAGCGCUGUCAUGAGGCGGCGUUGAAGGUGUUCGAGCGGGCACAGCAGGUGCAUGAGCACAAACUGACCGAGGACGAUUACUUUGUUGUUCCCGGUACGGACGUGAUGGUGCAACACACAGAGACUUACGUGAAUGUGUGGCCUCGUAUGCUGCUCGUGAAGGAGGCUGUGGAAAUGUGGGCGGCGUCGCGGCGUGUGACCCAGCGCAUUGGCGGCACAGAAAGUCGUGUCCUACAGAAUGUUGUUAAUGAGGCACUUGACACGGUCGCGUGUUUUCUCGCAAAGCGGUGCUUUGACACGGAGGACACGCAGUCGUUGAGCUGGAUGCGCACCUCCCUCUACAGCUACCAUGAGUGCGUCAUGCUGAGUUCACUGUGGACAGACAUGGCCUCCUGUGACGUGUUCGCGGAGCACCACAAACUCUUUGCAGCCCUUGCAGCCGCGCAAAUUGGGAACUUUUACCUCGCAACCAACCAACUCAGCGAGGCACAGGCGCAGUUUGACACGCUUGAAUGGCUUGCGGGGGAGCUCGACGAUCCGCUCCUGCGUGCGGCCGGACACACAUUCAGUGCCAUUGUCAAUUGGCAACGUUCACGAUACGCCGCGGCAGAACCCCUGUUGCGCGCAGCAGUGCUAGAAUGGGGCGCACUUCGUGAUGCAUCUUCGUCGCAGCGCAAGAAAGAAAACGGGGGUGACGACACCGCCGACAGCAAUGAGGACAAAACUUGCGGCUCGAAACUGCUUGCGUCUGUGCCGACGGAUUAUUUCUCCAUCAUGGAGUCUGUUAGCUUCAAGUACCUCGUCUCCAGUAUUGCAAGCACGUACCGUUACAGUGAGGCACUGGAGGUACUGGAGCACAGCCUUGUGUGCAAGUACCGCGACCUCUUGUUUGACAAGAUGCGGGUAAACUUUGGCGCCCAGCCGACUUUGGAGCACAUUGUGGCGACAUCGUCGCUGAUUCGAUCGCCGUUUAUUUAUCAGGUGGCGA